CACACACACUCUCACAUUCACACACAUACACACACACUCGUACUUUCCCUCCCCUUCAGGAGCUUGAGCACCGCGUUGGCGCAUCCCUGCGUGUUUUAUUCCUGUCAGGUCCGGACUCGAGUAAUUAUUUGUUUGGGGAUUUACAUUUUCAGCAUCAUUUUGAGGAAGAGGGACAAAACAUUUUUUUUUUGCCGAAUCUAUUUGCGCCCAGCCCUCACGCUCCCUCAGGUGUAUUUCCGCCGGCUUUAGGUGCACCGACGUUGCGGCAUUUGACUUCAUCUUCACCGCGCAACCUGGGUUUUCUUUUGGGAAACACUUUAUUUUUACCUGUUUUUUUUUCUCUCUUUUCUUUUUGGAUUACACUCUGACAUUUGAACCCUGACCCACUUCCGAGACUUUCUUAUUUUCUCUUUCACCUGAGGAAGCCGAACAGAGGGCUCGGGUUGGUUUGCCCUGGUAAAGUGGGGUACCAAGUCUAUUUCCGCCAUGUGUUUGUUAGGAAUUACCUGCGGAGAAAGACGAGUCCCGGUUGAAAGGGGAAAAGGCUGCUGAAACCUUCACUCCUUCUGCCUGGUUUUAUUUGUUUGUUUAUUUGUUUGUUUAUUUGUUUUGCUGAAGAGAAAGCGGGCUGCCGGCGGAUGGCUACAGCGCGCGGACGGAUUGAGCGCGAGGACGCGGUCGCGUGGCCGAGAAUGAGCGCGAGCUUCUGGGCUGCGCUGCUGCUCGCGAGCCUCCUGAUCGCCUACUGCGGUCAGUUGGCGGCCGGGACGUGUGAGAUUGUGACAUUGGACAGAGACAGCAGUCAGCCACGAAGGACCAUAGCUCGCCAGACAGCCCGCUGUGCCUGCAAGAAAGGCCAAAUUGCCGGUACGACCAGAGCCAGCCCUGCCUGUGUGGAUGCCCGUAUCGUGAAGACCAAGCAGUGGUGUGACAUGCUGCCAUGUUUGGACGAUGAAGGCUGUGACCUUUUGGUAAAUAGAUCAGGCUGGACUUGCACACAGCCCGGUGGCCGGGUCAAAACUACCACGGUCUCCUAACACUGGCCGAAGUUCUAAUGGUGUGGAGAGCUUCUUGUGGACUCUAUGGAAGCCCAACAAGCUCUUUGCUCCCACCCGCCUGCUGUAGAUAAUUUGCUGUCUGUCAUUGGCUCAACAUCCGCCUUCAACUGCCUGUCUGUAGCUCCGCUUUGUAAAUGGGCAGCGCCCCCUAGUGCCACGGAGGACAUACGUCCACAUAGCACCUCACACAGAGCACCCGAGAGCCCGCAGGACUACUGCUUGUGAGGGGCCUUGCAUUCUUUAAGGCCCACUGGAUGUCUGCACCCUUUUCAAGGCCAGACUUGAGGUUCUGACCUGCGUGCUCUGUGAAUAGGCCUUUUGCUGGAGUCCACCUUUGGCACUCAAACAACUUUUACUGACCAAAGAGGAAAAGUGACAAACAAACAGCUCAACAAACAUUACCUUAACAAACGGAGUUCAGAAAGGAGGGACUGAACGAGGAGAAAUUAAUACAUCAAGCCCACACACCAAUGUCCAUCACUUUAAAGCACUGGCAUUGAAGACUCGAGAUGUGCAAAUGAACUAUUCCUAAUGAACUCAAUUCCAGUAGUACCUUUAAUACUUUGCAUACAUUUUUUUUUUUUCUUGAACUGAACACACUGUAUUUUGAAAACUGGAAAUAUAGGCACUGUAUACAUACAUUAUGUGUAUAAAGAAAAUGAGAUUUGCAUUUUUUCAGUAGCAAACUUUGGGACAAUUUGCAAUAAGCAUGGUUGGUCACAGCUACAGAGUACAAGCAUUGAUCUUCAUUGGACAAAAAAAGUGAAUAUAUGGAACAAACAAACAAACAAACAAACAAACAUCAUUUCAAAUUGCCAGAAGAGGAGCCAGAAGUAAUUAAAUGUAUUUUGAAAGGCCUACCGUUAUAUAUUUAACAGUUUUCUAUGUUGUAUCUUUGUAGAGAACCUUAUUUAACAUGAAUAAUGUGGUGGGAAUGGCAGUGAUAGAAUGUGGAUAAUACGCUGUGUUUCAUGCCGGCCUGCAGCAGCCUGCUCUUUCUCCUGCAGCAGUAGCAGCUCUCCUUUUACACCCAUUUCACACACAUGACCACUUCUUCUAUACUAAACUGAUGAAUGGAAAAAAGGACAGCGCACAGAGGGGGGAAAAAAAUAAAUGAUCGAUCACAGAGAACUGAACUUUAUAUCCCACUUUAGUAUGCGGGGCCAUGAAAAUCGCUAUUUGCUAUCGUAUUGUAAAGGUGUAGAAAAAAAAAAAACCUGAGUCAUUUCUCAAUGGAUUUUAUCUAAUUUAUUUUUGUGCUUGUGUUUGUUUGCACAGUGCCACCAUCAGAGUGCUGACACAUACAGAGAGAGUUAAGAGAGUCUUAGAAUCAUUUACAUGAAAAUACUUUUUUAUUCUGAAAUAUUUUAAGAAUAAAUUAAAUAUGUGAAAGAA